AUGGGAGAUAAAUCUAGAGAAGAUUGUCCGUUUCGCAACAAAUUCAUUCAACUAUCGGCAAUAUCACAUUCAACUUUUAUACAGAGCCUGUCCCCUAACUUAGGUACUUCACCUAAUUUACCUUUACUAAGUUUAAACCCCUUUUCAGGACCGCAGCCCAAGCCAAGAACAAGGACAAAGACCAACACAACUCAGGAACAUCUUGAAGAAGAUAUAGGAGGGAGAGACGAUGAAGAUGAUGAUUGUGGGUAUAGGGUGGAAUUGGUAAACUACUUACCAACAGCUAGCUCCAGGGAUAUCCCAGUAAUCAAUGAAGAUUUGACUGUUGUACCUGACCACGAGGUAACUCAGGAUAAUGUUGACAGGCCUACAACAUCAGUUGCAACACCAGAUGUUUCAGAUGAGUCAGAGGUUUCUGAUGAAUCGUCUGCAAGACCUCCUAGGAGAUCCGAUAGAUCCAGACGAACUCCCGCACGUUUUACGGACUAUGUUAUGUCCCAGCAACAGAGCCUGUCCCCCAACUUAGGUACUUCACCUAAUUUACCUUUACUAAGUUUAAACCCCUUUUCAGGGGUUUUUAUUGUUAUUUAA